AUGUAUGUGCACUGCGCAAAUUUUCAGCCGCCGAUGUCGAAGGCUCGUCUGGCACUUAUCGAUGCUGCAUUCAAGAAGCUUGACAAAACGGGCGAUGGUGUAAUAACAGUGGACGAUAUGAAGGGAGUUUAUCAUGCGGAACGGCAUCCGCAGUACAUUUCGGGUGAAAAAUCCCGAGAUGAUGUCUUCAAUCAAUUUCUCAACAAUUUUGAAGUUGGCGGACAUGUCGAUGGAAAGGUGACGAAGGAAGAAUUCGUGAAUUACUACAGCGGUGUUUCGGCAUCCAUCGACAACGAUGCAUAUUUCGAUUUGAUGAUGCGAAAUGCGUGGAAAUUAUAA